UGAAGUGCUAGGUCCUCUCGCGCCGUCUUAUCUGCUCGUUCUCCCCUGCUCCGCUGCGCUAUGGCGUUCGUGACCAGGCAGUUCGUGCGCUCCAUGUCCUCCUCCUCCGCGGCCGCUGCCGCCAAGAAGAUCCUGAUCAAGCAUGUGACGGUCAUCGGCGGCGGGCUGAUGGGGGCUGGCAUCGCGCAGGUGGCCGCAGCAACUGGCCAUACAGUAGUAUUGGUGGACCAAACAGAGGACAUACUGGCAAAAUCUAAGAAGGGAAUUGAGGACAGUCUGAAAAGAAUGGCAAAGAAGAAGUUCGCAGAAAACCCUAAGGCUGGCGACGAGUUCAUAGCGAAGACCCUGAGCUGCCUCUCCACCAGCACCGACGCAGCCUCCAUUGUGCACAGCACGGACCUGGUGGUGGAGGCUGUCGUGGAGAAUCUGAAGUUGAAGAAUGAGCUGUUCCAGCGGCUGGACAAGUUCGCUGCCGAAAACACCAUCUUUGCUAGCAACACCUCAUCUCUGCAGAUCACAAGCAUGGCCAAUGCCACUACCCGGCAAGACCGCUUUGCUGGCCUCCAUUUCUUCAACCCGGUCCCCAUGAUGAAGCUUGUGGAGGUCAUUAAAACACCGAUGACUAGCCAGAAGACUUUUGAAUCUCUGAUCGACUUUUGUAAAACCUUAGGAAAGCAUCCUGUUUCUUGCAAGGACACUCCUGGAUUUAUCGUGAACCGUCUCUUGGUGCCGUACCUCAUAGAAGCCAUCAGGCUGCACGAGCGAGGUGAUGCAUCUAAGGAGGACAUUGAUACGGCGAUGAAGUUGGGAGCUGGCUACCCCAUGGGGCCAUUUGAACUUCUUGACUACGUUGGCCUGGAUACUACUAAGUUCAUCUUGGAUGGGUGGCAUGAAAUGGACCCAGCGAACCCCCUGUUUCAGCCCAGUUCUUCCAUGAAUAAUCUGGUGGCCCAGAAGAAGCUGGGCAAGAAGAGCGGAGAAGGAUUUUACAAAUACAAGUGAUGCUUCAGGAGGCCCUUGGCAACACCCCCAGCCAGCCACGGGACAAGGACGAGCGCACUCUGGGUGGUGGUCUCAAGGCUCGCCAUGGGCUGCUCAAUGGGCCCUCCCUUGCAGUCUCUUUGAAGUAAUCCUUUGACUAGUUGCAGUAAUAAGAUUCUUCCACUGAGAUCUAAUUCUCUGCUUUAGUCUGUUCGUGUCUGUAUGUUUUUCUGUGCCUUAGAGCGAGCAUCUUUUUUUCUGAACCUUGCCACUUUUUGUAAAAGCAUUAAUUAGACUUAUUCACUCAGGUCUUCUGAAAGUGAAUAUGCCAUGUUUAUGGGUGUUAAACCCAGGGGAUAAGAGCCGUUGUACCUACCGGUGCAUCUAAGGGCCUUGCCUACCUGGGUACCCUUGCAGUCUGUAGCCUCAAGCCUUAGCCUACAUUCUGGGCGUCGCAGAACAUGCUCUGCCUUGUUUACUUCUCAUCUGGACAGGGCUCCUGGAGUGGCGGGCAAGCACACGUGAGCUUGAGCUUGGUGUCCGGGAAAAGGCCCAUCCUCGUGGCCAUCCAAACCUUCCCCAUCGCUGUCCGUCCCUCUUGUUUGCUAAUGAAAAAUCAGUGCUCCCAAGUGCCUAUGAAUCGACUCUACUAAAUUGCGAUCUUUUACUCUGUAAAAAUGGGAACGGAAAUAAAUAAACCUAUAUAACUUAAAAUCAUAAACUGCUUAAGUAAUUAUAAAAUGGGGCCCCUCUUCUCCGGCCUCUGGCCAGUACUGAAGCGGCAGCGUGGGAGAAAUGGCGGAGGGUAUCUGAAUCUGGCCUGUGCCUGGCCCUUCCGCGUUUCUUAGCGGUGAAACAGAAAUAAAAGCACAAUGCGUGUUUUUUUUUAAGAACAUCUGUUUCUUCUUUGCCAACAAAGUAAAAUAACAUAAGAUUCUUUUAAUCAUUGGCCUGACAGAGUGUCUUCCAUGAUAGAGUGUGGGAAGACAUCAGGAGCCCCGAGGUCCAGUGGCUUCCUGAGCAGAGCUUAAGUGAGUGACCUGCCAUGUCUAAGGUCAUCAGAUGUUUAGUAGCAGAGUCCGGGUUGGAUCUGGAUUUUUUGAUGACAAAUACAAAAGAAUAAAUCUGGAAAUCACGACUGUAAACUUUCGGGCAGUCUGUUCCCCCAAACAGGUGGAGGUGCUUGUCAUCUCAGGCCAUAGUUCUGUCAGGAUAUUUUUGACUGAGUUUCUUUCCUAUUUCGUGAUUGAUAAGAGGGAAUUUAUUAAUUUAAAGCGAUCUGAGUGUGUCACAGAGUGAGAAAACGCACACAUAUAUGCAUUUGUGCUUACCAACACACUAGAACUUGGCUGAUGCUAUUCUUAUAUAUGGCCUGGACCCAGGAGGGACGUUCAGAUGCUUCUCUCCCCCUCCCCCCACCGUUUCUAGGUCACCCGUGGCCUCAGGGCUCUGCUUCUUCCUAGGCUAACUCUUGACCUUUGCUGUGACCCCUGGCCCACAGGCUUCAGUUUGUCACCCUCUAACCAGAGUCUGUAGAGGAUGUGGGCACUCGUCCUGAAGAUGGCCUGGCUCUCUCUUAACCACCAAGUUUCAGGAAAGAGAAUGAACUCAGUGGUACAACCGUCAGCUCCCAGGGUGGGGAGAGACGCCACGCUGUUUCUGGAUGGCAUUUGGAAUGCACUUUGAUCCUGCCAGAUGUUCAGAAGGCUCAGCCUCUGAACCCCUUUGCCAUUUUAUAAUAUCUUUGCCUUGCAUUAUGUUCGGGGGGCUUCCCCGGGAAGGAUCUGGAAGCUUUUCCUCUUCUUCAAGUUGGCACUUGAGGAGUGGUCUCUUUGACCUCAGGUGGGAAAGAAGGUCCCACAGUCAGGGCUUCUGCGAUCUCUCUGAAAAUUA